UGUUUCUAUGGUAUACUGAUGUAGAAUUACAAGCAUUUCAUAAGUGUCAUAGGCUGUUAUUGACAAUUACAUUAAUUGUAUGCGCAGAGUCAAUAUUUGCCCCUCUUUCUUUAUCAAGACCUCUGCAAUUAGCCCUGGCACGCUGUCUGUCAAUCAACUUCUGGGCCAAAUCCUGACUGAUGGCAGCCCAUUCUUGCAUAAUCGUUUGUCAGAAUUGGUAGCUUUUCGUUUGUCCACAAGUUCUCAAAGGGAUUAAGGUCUGAGGAGUUUCCUGGCCACUGACCCAAACGUUCGAUGUUUUAUUCCCCGAGCCACUUAGUUCUCACAUUUGCCUUCUGGCCCGGUGCUCCGUCCUGCUGGAUUGUUCAUUGUUGGUCACCAAACUGUUCUUGGAUGGUUGGGAGAAGUUGCUCACGGAGGAUGUUUUGGUUUUCCUUACACUUCAGUAUAUCGUAGAAACAUCUGUGUUAGAGAGAUAUCAAUUAUAAAGAGACACGGAUCGCAUUUAAAGGUGCACCUCCCAGCAUGCACGAGAGUGUCUAUUAUGGGAUGUUAAAAAAAGCGAAGAAGGUGCACGAGUGCCGCAAUUGUCAAUUCCGCAUAGAGAAGCAUCUGUUUGAAUUAAGAAUCAGCAGUGUACCGAGUUAAGAUAUGUUUGCGUUUUACUUGUAUUUUAUGUUUUUAUAUGUUAAGAUGUAAAGUCGUUUUAAAUGUACUGAUUACAUUAUUGAUUUAGAUUCUAUACUGCCGGUAAACUAGUGCUUAAUUUGAGUAAUACUGUCAUCUACCAGACUUUGGGUACUUUAUCAAUAAGUUGUAUGUAUUCUUUUUUUAUUGUAGACCACACAUACAAAUACACCUAUACCUAAUCGAAUACAGGCGUAUAUCUUCAAAUAAAUGAGUUCAAUUUCAAUCUAAGCUGCUGUGUGGAAUUCUCUGCAUCAUUUGCCAGUGUCCUGAUCGACACUCCGGAGUGGACACUAUACGUCCUGAACAUAGAUAAAGAUAACGUGGUCCUUUGCUACAAUCUGAGAAAAAAGGUCUAAAAACACUGAAGCAGCAAACUUUGUGAAAACCAACACUUGUGUCUUUCUCAAAACCUUUGGCAACGACUGUAUUACGGUGGGCGUUUUAAGCCGUAAUUUUUUCAAAGAAGUGAAAACUCAAAGUACAUUUUCACUAUGAAAUCGCCUUCUCCUCAAGUUCAUAGAAGUCGGCGACCCCAUGGUACACUGACAGAAGAUACGGCUAGGAAUGGCGGAGUGUUUCGACGCUUUGAACGUAGAAUCGGGACUCGACAACGCCAAGUGAAGCGAGCUGCAGACAGAUAACAGUGAAUGGCGUGUAAAAUCCUGAACGUGCUGUAACUGAGUGAAAUGAAAUGAGAAAAAAUUCCAUAUCCGAAAAGUUUUGACCCCAAACUCGAUCCGCUUAACUGCUGCUGCCGCGUGGCGUGAUACUUUCUAAAAGUCUGCUCACUCCCUUGACUCGUUGCCUUUCUCCAGUUUACUACUCAGAAGCGAGAGACACGAGCCGCGCGCCAGCUUUAGUUUUGUCGGCAUUGAUGACGUCACAAGCGAGGCCUGUUUGGGGGAUCGGCACUUGGCCACCGCACUGGGUGAUACCUGCCAUUAUGACGUAACUGGUAGUUGAAUGAGAUUGACUCACGCCUACCGAAGGGGAGGAGUCUUACAGUUAGAGGCGUUCUGAAGGGGCGGGACUAUCCUGAGAUGCCGUGCAGAGGGCGUGUCACUUAGAGAUCAUAAAUGACUUGGAGAGCAGCACUGCUGUUUACAUUCAUUAGUCAGGAUAUGUGAGCAUCUGGCUAUCGGAGGAAAAGAAAACUUCUUCGGGGCCACGUGGAAAUGCUGAUGUAGUGCCGGUCUCUCGAGUUGAAGACAAGAUUUGAAACAGAGGACAAAUCACAAGAAGGCUGCUAUCUCCACUUGUCCAAUAUGGAGAUGGUAAACUCAUCUGUUCAAGGACCUCAACAUGAGAAAUAUAAAUGUGAAAUGGUGUUCUCUGAUAAAGUGUGUAACUAUGAGCAAGAAACAUAUCACAGAAUGUACUGGGGCCUCCUUUUGAUGCAUGGUAUAGAGGUUGAUGAAGAGUACUGUAAAUGGAGGUCUGGACAUCUGGAAAAGGAGAGCAUCUGCAUGAACAAGCAGGAGGAUAGUGGACCUAUGGACUUUACAGUGGACUCUGAGCUGUUGUCUUACCUCAGUGAUGUGCAGAAAAACAAAACUGUCAGCAGCAUAAAGGAUGAAGUCCUCAGCUCUGAGUCGGACAGGCAGUGUUCUUAUCCAGAUGAAGAGGGUCCUGGAUUGGGAUUGACCCCCAGUAGACAUUGCCCCCAACAGCAACUUUCUGUCAAUGUGAAGUUGGAAUCUUUGGAAUCUGACAUGAAGAGGACAGUCAAAGCAUCAGAUUCAAGUCCUGCUGGAGAAGCUUUACAAGCCAAUGGCGGCAGCUUCUUCUCCCCAUUGGCUCAGACAUCUCCUCAGUGCAGAUCUCAACAGACUGUGGAUGAUAAGAAUAUGAAGAACGUGACAUUAGCAUCAGAGAAUGGGAUACCCGCCUCUUUCCGGGAUGAUUCUCAGUCGGUGACGAAACUAAACACAGUAGGUGUGAUCACCACUGAAACUCAGAUACCCAAUACGGACUUAACCAAAGUCUACAAGACACAGAGGGAAUUGGUUAAAAGAAAAUGUAAGUCCAGGGAUGGUAAUCUGUGUCAAACACAACAGGAGCCAUAUAAGUGUUCUGAAUGUGGCAAGAUCUUCCGAAAAAUGAGCAAUCUAAAAAAUCACAGAAUAGUUCACACUGGAGAGAGGCCAUUUUCCUGCCCAGAAUGUGGAAAAGGAUUUCCCACCAUUGGCACCCUUCAUAGACAUGUAAGAAUUCACACUGGAGAGAAGCCCUACUGUUGUUCAGAAUGUAGGAAGCAAUUCCGAACACGCAGCAAUCUUCAGGAGCAUAUAAAAAUGCACACAGGAGAGAAGCCAUAUUGUUGUUCUGACUGUGGUAAGCGAUUUCAACAACUGCACAGUCUAAAGACGCACAGACAAAUUCACACUGGAGAGAAGCCCUACUGUUGUUCAGAAUGUGGGAAGCAAUUCCGAACAAAGUACAAUCUUAAGGAGCACAGAAGAGUUCACACUGGAGAGCGACCAUAUUGUUGUUCUGAAUGCGGAAAGCGAUUCCUACAAUCGCGAAGUCUGAAGACCCACAGAAAAAUUCACACUGGAGAGAAGCCCUAUUGUUGUUCAGAAUGUAGAAAAGGAUUUACCACCAUCGGCAGCCUGCGUAAACAUGUAAAAAUUCACAUGGGACAGAAGCCAUAUUAUUGUCCAUAAUGUGGUAGGACAUUUACCAGCAUUGCCAACCUUCAGAAACUGCAAAACAUGUAAAACGCACACAGGAGAAAAGCUAUAUUGUUCUGAUUGAGGAAAACAAUUUGCCAUAAUGAAUAACCUCCAGAUCUACACAAGAACUCAUAGUGGAGAGAAGGCUCAAUUGGGAUGAUAUAAGUACUAAAACAAGGCAAGAGUGAGGUUCUGUCUUAAAAGUACUCAAAUUAAUCCAUUGCUGAGAAUUUAACUUCGAUAGAAGCCCUAAAGUAGUAGGCUGGAGGGUGAAGAAUGAAGGAUGAACAGGGAUGAGAGAGUUGUAAGUGUCCAUACUGUUCGAAACUUGAUGAAUAUCUUCAUAUUGUGGGCUUUGUUGCAUACCACACCUCUUCAAGGUAAAUCUAUUUUUAUAAAGGACCCUAAAAUUAAUUCAAGGUGGCCAUUCAUCUCCCUCAAUGAAAGGUGCCCACCCCCUGUGUCAGCAACAUGGUAGGUGAUGGUAUUAGCAAUAGUGCAACAUCUUCAGAUGAACAGAAGACCUCCAAAUGUGGUGGCAGUCCAAAUGGACAGUAUUGCUGGUCCCACCACAGUGGACAUGGUCAGGACACAAAUGUGCAACAUGAGCAAGAAAUGAAGGAAACUGCAGAGUCCAGCGGUCACCUGAAGAUAAUGCAAGGAGGGAACACAAGUGCACGCUUGCUGCCGCUCCUCUCUGUGAAUAACACUUUUUGUUGAAUUUUGCUGCGAUUCUUGUACAGUUUGUAUUGCUUUUCACUUUGUCUCACUGUAUGUUUUGUUCAAGGAUCCAAAUAGAUACUUUUUAUUA